AUGCGUCUCACCGACACCAAAGCGGUAGCAGUCGCGGCAGUCGGUCUCGUCGCGGCGGCGGGCGGCGCCUCGGCCGAGGGCAUCAACUGCUACGGGCGCAACACGCUCUGCCGCAGCGGCGACACGCACAACUUUGCGCGCAAGAGCAUCGGGAUCCCCGAGCGGCGCAUCUACCGCAACGGCGAGCACAUCAUCUGCGACCAGAUCCUGUCGAUAGGGACGGGCGUGUGCGUCUUCCUGCAGCACCUGCCCGCGCCCAAGAACGAGCUGGGCGUCACGGGCAAGGAGAUCAAGCGCCUGCUCGAGGCGCUCGACUCGUACGGCUGCGACAAGUGCGGGAGCGUGCCCCUGGGGUUCCCCGAGUCGAACAACUGGGAGCUGUCGGGCGAGCUGACCAUCAACUACGUGCGGUAUGUGAAGGGGUGCACGAAUAUAUGCAGUUAG